AGAACAUAAAAUGUUGGCCAUUCGAUUUUUGUCUUUCUUAAUACUUACCCCAUAACAUGGAAAGAUUCCUUGCCAUUCAAUCAUACCGAAUAACUAGCCCACUCACAGACAUUGUGUUCAAUUAAUUAGGACAUGAUGGGGGAUGAUGAUCUGUCUUUAAUUUAACUCUAACAUGGAAAGGUUCCCUCCUCUGUCAGUACUUGCUAUUUCACAACCCCAACACCUCUUUUCAAAUUAUAACUAAUCUUCCUCAAUGUUUUUCAUACAAAUGACUCAAAAUGGUGUUCUAAGAGAUUGAUGAUGAUGGCAGUUUGUAAGAAGGACAAUAUUAUGCAGUUGAAAUUCCAUUUGUUUUUGUUUCUGUUGUUGUUCUUAUGGGACACCACCGCUAAGUCUGAAACCUCCAACCUGAAUGAGGAAGCAUUGGCUUUACUGUCGAUUAAAGCUGGUUUCAUUGAUCCAUUGGAUAGGCUCCAUGAUUGGAGGUUGCCUGCAAAUGUGGGUCUCAAGGAUUCUGCUCAAUGUAACUGGACUGGUGUAUGGUGCAACACUGAUGGGUCAGUUGAGAAGCUUGAUCUUUCCCAUAUGAACCUCAGUGGACGAGUUUCAGAUGAUAUUCAACGCCUUAAAAGCCUUACAUCUCUCAACUUGUCCUGCAAUCAACUGUCGUCGGUUUUGCCCAUAUCUGUUUCCAAUCUCACCACACUCAACAGCAUUGAUGUGAGCCAAAAUCUAUUCAUUGGGAGCUUUCCUGCCGGUUUCGGAAGGGCUUCCGGACUGACUUUGUUGAAUGCUUCAAGCAACAACUUCUCAGGGAUUCUCCCUGAGGAUCUUGGCAAUGCUACUUCAUUGGAGAUUCUAGACCUGAGAGGAAGUUUCUUCCAGGGUUCUAUUCCUAAGUCUUUCAAGAGCUUGCAGAAGCUGAAAUUUCUUGGUCUUUCAGGAAAUAAUCUUACUGGUUACAUACCAGGAGAGCUGGGGCAGCUUUCAUCAGUGGAGACUAUAAUUCUGGGGUAUAAUGGAUUUGAAGGUGGGAUACCAAUGGAGUUUGGUAACCUUACAAACCUCAAGUAUCUGGAUUUAGCAGUUGGCAACCUUAGUGGUGAGAUUCCUGUUGAACUAGGGAGGCUCCAAGUAUUAGAAACCGUUUUCUUGUAUAAGAACAAUUUGGAAGGCAAGAUUCCAUCGUCCAUUGGCAACAUCACUUCGUUGCAGCUUCUUGAUAUGUCUGAUAAUCAUUUAUCUGGUGAAAUUCCUGCUGAGAUUGCUGAGCUUAAGGAUUUGAAGCUCUUGAACUUGAUGUGCAAUCGAUUAUCAGGCUUGGUUCCGGCUGGACUUGGAGGGUUGACACAAUUGCAGGUGCUCCAGUUGUGGAACAAUUCUUUUUCAGGGCCAUUACCGGUUGACCUUGGCAAGAGUUCACCAUUGCAGUGGUUGGACAUAUCGUCAAAUUCGUUCUCGGGUGAAAUCCCGGCAACCUUGUGCGAUGGAGGCAAUCUCACCAAGCUCAUUCUAUUCAACAAUGCUUUCUCAGGUCCAGUACCAGUCAGCUUAUCGAAUUGUCCGUCACUUGUUCGAGUCAGAAUGCAUAAUAAUCAUUUAUCGGGGACCAUUCCUGUUGGACUUGGCAAACUUGGGAGUCUUGAGAGGUUAGAAUUGGCAAAUAACAGUCUCACUGGUGAAAUCCCUGAUGAUAUUGCUUCUUCUACAUCACUUUCUUUUAUCGAUGUUUCGAGUAAUCGCCUUCGAUCUUCUCUCCCUUCUAGCAUUUUUUCGAUCCCGAGUUUGCAAUCUUUUAUUGCCUCGAACAAUAGCUUAGUUGGUGAAAUCCCAGAUCAGUUUCAAGAUUGCCCUUCACUUUCUGUGCUAGAUCUCUCAACAAAUCAUUUUACAGGAAGUAUACGAGCUAGCGUUGCUUCAUGUGAGAAAUUAGUUACUGUAAAUCUGAGCAAUAAUCAAUUGACCGGCAAUAUUCCAAAAUCGAUUUCUAUGAUGCCGACAUUGGCUGUUCUUGAUUUAUCUAACAACUCUCUAACAGGUGGAAUACCUGAUAAUUUUGGAACUUCUCCAGCUCUAGAAAUGCUCAAUAUUUCAUACAACAAACUUGAGGGUCCCGUUCCUGCAAAUGGUGUGCUAAGAACAAUCAAUCCCAAUGACCUUGUUGGCAAUCCUGGCCUCUGUGGUGGUGUUCUCCCUCCAUGUAACAGAUAUUCACCGAUGUCAUCGAGACAGAGAAGCUUGCGAGCAAAGCAUAUUAUUGCAGGGUGGCUCAUUGGGAUCUCAUCAAUUUUAGCAGCUGGAAUCUUAUUUAUUGGUGGGCGGUUGCUGUAUAAAAACUGGUACUUGAACAGCAGUUACUUUGAACGAAGGUUUGGAGAAGGCAAUGGAGAAUGGCCAUGGAGAUUAAUGGCAUUUCAAAGACUGGAUUUCACAGCUUCCGACAUCUUAGCCUGUAUUAAAGAAUCAAACGUGGUCGGAAUGGGAGCCACUGGUGUUGUAUACAAAGCUGAGAUGCCGCAGGUGAACACAACUGUGGCAAUUAAAAAGUUAUGGAAAUCAGGAACCGACAUCGAGACAGGAAACAGUGAUGAUUUCAUCGGAGAAGUGAAUCUCUUAGGGAAGCUAAGGCAUCGAAAUAUAGUUCGGUUAUUGGGAUUUCUUCACAAUGACACUAGCAUGAUGAUAGUGUACGAGUUUAUGCAAAAUGGCAGCUUAGGAGAAGCCUUGCACGGCAAGCAAGCUGGUAGGUUGUUAGUAGAUUGGAUUUCACGUUAUAAUAUAGCACUCGGAAUUGCACAAGGGCUUGCUUACCUCCACCAUGAUUGUCAUCCGCCAGUUAUACAUCGAGACAUCAAGUCCAACAACAUACUGCUCGAUGCAAACCUUGAGGCAAGAAUUGCAGAUUUCGGUUUGGCAAGGAUGAUGGUGAGAAAGAAUGAAACAGUCUCAAUGGUGGCAGGGUCUUAUGGAUACAUAGCUCCUGAGUAUGGUUACACCUUGAAAGUUGAUGAAAAGAUUGACAUUUACAGCUUUGGGGUGGUUUUACUGGAACUUCUCACUGGAAAGAAGCCUUUAGACCCGGAGUUCGGAGAAUCCGUAGACAUAGUGGAAUGGAUCCGGAGAAAAUUUAGAGAUAACAAAAGUUUAGAAGAGGCAUUAGAUCCCAAUUUAGGAAACUGUAGGCACAUUCAAGAAGAGACACUAUUAGUUGCUAGGAUAGCACUUCUUUGCACUGCCAAGCUCCCCAAAGACAGACCAUCCAUGAGGGAUGUAAUUACAAUGCUUGUGGAGGCAAAGCCCCGAAGAAAAAGCAGUAGCAACAAUGGCGGAAAUGCAUCUAACAAAGAAAUCCCCGUGUUUAGCACAUCACCUGUAAAUGGCCACGUUUAGCACCCACCCUUUUGGUUUUUUGGGCCAAAACUAAACUAUAUUCUUCUCUGUAUGUAGCAUUGUUUUUUGUUAAUGCAUGUAGUCACUGGUUCAUAUUGUUGUUCAGGAAA